UGCUUAUCGGACUUACGAUUCAAGCACUCAACAUUUCGUCGUAUUUUGUUGCUCGUAUUGGAAGAGUGUAGUUAAGAUUUUGAUUUUCAAUAAAGGAGGAGAGAGCGAGAUCAGUACGAGGUGCUUCAAGUUCGAAAGACAGGAUGUCGUCUAUGGUUCGUCCCGAUGCGGAUCAUCCCGACGGUGCUCCCAUGGCGAGUAGUUUCGAUUCAAACUCGGUGGUGUUCAGGUUUAACAUCCCCUAGAACACGAAAUGUGAAGGCCGAGGCUAUGGCUGAUGCUCACAAGCAGAGGGUAGAAGCUGAAGUGAAUGCCUACUUGCAGUCAGAGAUUCGCAAGACUGAGGCGCGGGCUGCAACAGCAGAGUCAAAGAUAGAGCAGAAGAGGAUGAAAGAUGAAGCACGAGCUAUUGAGCAUAAAAAGCGUGAGGAAGCCAAGGCUGAGCAGGCCAUUCGUACUGCUGAGGUGAAAGCCGAUAAAAUUGUCGCAAAUGCUAAGGAAGAAGCAGCAAAAACAAAAGCAUUUGCUUCAGAGCAAUGUGAGAAAGGCAUUGCUGACUCACAUACUCAAGCCGAGCGGUCUAAAGCUGAGCAAGAGGAAUUGAAGAAACGUGAAAUCGCCGAGUUAAAUGACAAAGCUGAGCAGAUGAGAAUUACAGGCGAGCUCCCCUUUUACGAGAAAGAGAAGAAGGGAAUUGCCUCCAAGGUGAAGGAUGCCUUGACUUGCCACCAUGGCACAUAAAUGUAAUAUUAAUUUCUGAGUUUGAACAAACGCAUCUGCCACAAAUGGAUGCAUACUAGGCAGAAAAGCUGAACAAUAACACUCAGGUCAUCUGCACAAAUCAAGUUAGUUUAGCCAACAAAGUAUUGUGGUGUUAUUCCCAUCUGAGACAUCAAUAGUAGAGUAGAAGAUUGUUGCAGUUGGCGGUGGAUCAUUCUUAGUGCAAGAUGUAGAGAUGAUUAAGUACUUGCGUGUGAAUUUGUGUAGAUGACCAUGAACCUUCUUGCACAGCCUUUUUUUUCCACCUUGCAAGGAAUAAAAACGUCCCCAAACGGUGACACUUACUUAUUUUUGAAA